GCUCUCGCUCUCUAUAUACUUCUCUAUCCUCUUUCUCCCGCUCCUAUCGCUAUAUAUUAUGUAUUAAUUCACAUCGUACCUCUGUAUGUCCCGUAAUUAAAUAAUAGACUUUAGAUUUAAGAAGUAUACGCGCUUCUAGCUACUACGUACGAUUGAUAAGUCGCUAAAUCCCGUGUACAUUCCUCGAGGCUUAUUUAUAAGGCAUGCACACGGCUCGCGGGUAGCGGCUUCGAGUAGAGACGCUCGCACGUCGAUACAUAUUAUACAUAUUACAUACUACAUAUUGCGUGUAUAAUAUACGUUGGGUGUACAUAGUUCUAUACGAUCUAUAAUCUCUGUCGUUCUGAUUUUUCGUCUAAGUGUUUCUCGCUGAUUUUCGAAAAGCAGGUCGGAGCAGUACGGGUAUCCAGCGCUUAGCCUUUUAGCCCCGGCGCGAUAAUUAAUUAGCUCGCGGGCAUCGUUAGGGUGAAACAACAUCGAGCCGCGCGUAGAACUUGAGGAAAGAAAGCGAGAGAAGAAGCGCGCAAAUUGAAGAGGACGGGGAAGAAGGGGGAGGGGAGAGGGUGGUUAUCGCGCGCUUCCACCACACGAGGGAGGAGACCGCGUGCAUGGGCGCGUAAUCAAUUAUCGAGAUUUACGCGAAAUCACGUCUUACGACCGUGUCAAAACGCCUGUCGUCUUGUGAAAUUACUUUGGGGAUCUACCGCUAGUCCCGGGGAGAAAUUUUCUUACGAUCGUCGGCACUUUCUCGGGCAAACUUUUCUCGCUUCAUUUGCCUCCAGGCUAUGUAGGCUGCUCAAGCUUAAUGUAAAGGAAAGGUGAAAAAAACGGGGACCAAUUUUUUACUCUUAUUCUCAUAGACUAUCUCCCUCUUUCUCUCUCUCCCCCUCUCCUUUUCUAUCUUAUCUAUCUUAUCUAUCCUUCUCUUUCACUUUCUCUAUCUACCUUGAUACCCUUAAUCAAGUCGCCUACCGGACUAUCCAUAAAUCUCUGUACACUCUGUCCGUGUUAAGUCUGUUGUGGACCAGUGAAUGCAGGAAAUACGAGGAACGGAGUCGCGAUUCACGCAAGCAAUAAAUCAGAGACCAACCACGUAUGACCACGGCACCGAAGAAAUAACGGAAGUAACGUUACGUUGCAGCAGCGCGAAUUCGAAGGUGUCAGUCACGCCGAAAUUAGCUAAAUUUAAGCUAAACUAGAUUCUAAAAGAUUUGGUCCAAUAGAAAAAAAGAAAAAAAAAUCCGGUUUACCGAUUGCCGAAAGGCGAACUUCACUCGCACCUCGUUAGCACGACGCUAAGCGAGAAUAAUAUAGCGCGAGAGUGUGUCACGUGUGAAUUUCGGAAUUACAACACCGCGAGACUUUUAACACGAGGGGCGCGCGCGAGGAGACUCUUAGAGUGCUCGAAAAGUACUUGAUCGAUCAAGCGUUGAUCACUACUCGUGCGUUCAAGCGUUGUCGCCUCGAGAUAUCUAAUUAGGUGCAAAGCGGGAACAAAGCUCGAUCGAACGAAGUUGGACUUGGCCAAACAGUUGUCGCUCGAUCCGGAAGAACGUGAUCCCGAGCGUGAGACAACGGCUUCCACGCCGAGAACGAGCCGAGAAAACGAGGAAGAGCGCGUGUCGAGGCAUUUGCGUAUUCGACAACGAUGGCAUUAUCCUGAAACGGGCAUGACGCCCUUGGCCUCGAGAUGCGACGAGACCACCACCCUCCUGUUGUUGCUGCUACUCGAGCUGGCACCCGGGGCACGUUGCUAUUCGCGCGCGGCCACGACCUCUGCUUCGUCCUUACCGAGAUAGCAUCUACAGUCCCCGGCGAGGGUGCGAGUGAUGCCGCUUCUCGGCAGCAUUAUGACCAUCGCCGUCGAUAAUCCGACAACGGCGUCCACGAGCGUCUUCGAGGGGAACAUGACGUGGUCUCGACCGAUUAGUGGCGGCUCUACGUUUUCGAGUAACGAGGCCCACUCGACACGUGCGAUCUCGAACGGUGAGUGGCGUCAGGCAGCUACUACCAGCGAUCGUGACGGCCGCCUCCUCCUUAGCGGGGGUGCCGAGAGAGGACCGCCGAGCGGGAGCGGCGCUAGGAACAACGAAAGACACAUCGAGAGUGGCGAGCGUGACACCGCGGCAGGGAAAGGGGGCGACGGCGCGGCAGCUGGGAAGGAAGCGUCCCGCCGUUGCGGCCAGACUUCAGAAACUCGAGUUUGCGGCGGGAACACCGUAGGCGCGACAAAGAGUGGGGAAACUACAUUUACUGGCGAGGAAAGCGUGGCAGGGAUAGGUAGCGGGGGUGGCGGAGGCGGUGAAGAAAGUGUCGACGGCGUAGGCAGCACUACCGGUAGUGUAAGUGUGAGUACAGGUGUAUCGAAUAGCACGGAGGAAGGAGUCGCGAUCGAGUACGGGAAGGGUCUGUUGCUCUUCGGUUUCGGAGACACGAUGGAGGACGUGAUCAACGCGUUCAACGACUCGUACAACUCGAGUCUCCGCCAUCCCUGGAACGUCAGUCUGUACAACAACGAAACCUACUUCGUGCAGGGCCUCUACCCGUCGGGAUACACCCUGCCGCACAUCGUGCUCGCGUCGAUCCUGGCGACGCUGCUCAUGAUCGUCAUCGUCGUCGGCAACAUGCUCGUGAUAAUCGCCAUCGCCACGGAAAAGGCGCUCAAGAACAUACAGAAUUGGUUCAUAGCCAGCCUCGCGGUAGCGGACUUCUUCCUCGGCCUCGUCAUCAUGCCGUUCUCGCUCGCCAACGAGAUCAUGGGCUACUGGAUCUUCGGCUACUGGUGGUGCGACAUUUACUCCGCCAUGGACGUGCUGCUGUGCACGGCCAGCAUCAUGAAUCUGUGUUUGAUCAGUCUGGACAGGUUUUGGAGCAUCACACAGGCGGUCGACUACCUGAAGAAGAGAACACCGGCUAGAGCGGCGGUCAUGAUUGCCCUCGUCUGGCUAUUCUCGGCGCUCGUUUGCAUACCGCCGCUUCUCGGAUGGAAGAGACCCACUCCGGCCGAAGAAUUUCCCAAGUGCAAGCUGUCAGAGGACAUCGGGUAUGUCGUUUACUCUGCCCUGGGCAGCUUCUACAUCCCAUCCUGCAUCAUGGUCUUCGUGUACAUACGUAUAUACUUCGCUGCCAAGGCUCGCGCGCGUCGCGGCAUCCGGAAGCAGCCUCGUCCACGUGCGGCAGUGCCGCCGGAAUCGCCAGACGUCAGGCAAACUAGCUUCACUCAGAGCACGCCGGCAACUGAUACCAAGAAACCUCCGGGAUUAGUCAUGGAGAAUGUCGCGACGAUUGAGAACCAGCCGGUCCAGAUACCGAUUGUCACGUGCGACUUCGCCAGUGACGUCAGCACGUCGGAGGCUGAUCCCGGCGGAGGCAUCAGUAUACCGUUGGAAGAAAAGGACACGUUGAAGGUGAGCGUGCCGACGCCGGCGCCAAAGACCAAUCUGAAGGCGAGCCUGUCAGUGAACGGGGACGGACAGUCGGGCAAUCAGAACGUGCCGGCGCGAUGCCGAGCGCCCAGCGUCGGCAUCGACGUCGACAUGGUGUCCGAGUUCGAUCCGUCGUCGUCGGACAGUGGCGUGGUGUCGAGAUGCGCAGUGGUGAAGCCGCUGAAGUUACGGCUGUGUCAGCCGAUCUUCGGUCGCAAGCACAUAGGUAAGUUGAAGAGGGAUCACGGCGACGCGUCGCGGCACGCGUGCAAAGACGAUUCCGGCGACAAGGGAAAGCCGCGCGACCCGGAGCGUGAGAAGAGGAGAUUGGCGAGGAAGAAGGAGAAGCGCGCCACGCUGAUCUUAGGCUUUAUAAUGGGCAGCUUCAUCGCCUGUUGGCUGCCCUUCUUCGUCCUCUACAUCGUCCAUCCCCUCUUCCCCGACUUCAAUAUACCCACGCAGGCCUUCGUAAUCGCCUUCUGGCUCGGCUACAUGAACUCGGCGCUCAACCCUUUCAUCUACACGGUCUUCAACAAGGACUUCCGCCGCGCAUUCCGUCGGAUACUGUUCAAAUGAGCCAUACAGUAUAGCGUCGACCAAGAGGGACGCUAGCGACAACUUUCACAUUUUCCGUCCUCGGGUAUAGCCAAUACCGAUCGUACCUCGAGGACAUCUUCCCGAUUGCGUCAGUCACGCAACAGUCGAUCUGUUUCCUCGGCAGAAACUUUGAUCGCAAGAAGAAGGCGAAAUUGUAUCGGCGUUGCGAGGAAAUCCGCGAAAGAUGGAAUCGGAAAUGCGCGAGAAGUUUGCGACAGAAGGCGUUCCGGAUCGGGAGAAGUUUGCCAGCUGAAUUUUUUCGGAAUGCAAAGCGAGUAUCGAGAGAUGCAGAAACGCGCGUGUGUGUGAAAAACGCUCUGACGAGCCACGCCGUUUGCUGACGCCGUUUGUACGUUCCUUCGGCAACCUUUGUCAUCUUUCUCGAGAAGAGGGGACUUUCCUUAUGACGUACAAUCCGGGGAUAUUAAACUACAUGCGUUUGCACGUCAUUUUGCAGCCAUGAGAUUUAUAGCUCUGGCCGGAGAGAGAGAGAGAGAAAGAGGAAGCUUUAAAUAUAUCACGACGUCCGAGAAAAUUUCUCCCGCGUUAUCGAGCAAACAAGAUUACGGCGGAGAACCUCGAAUUCCUAUCGAGACGGGAUGUCGAGAAUGUCUCGAUCACUGGAUCUGCUAAAUUAUGCACGCCGUAACCAUCAGGAUUGAAUCUAUCGCACCAAUUCACACGGACUCUGUGCAUGAUGCAUGCGACAAAUCAACGACAAAUCAACCUGCGAAGAGUACGCCUCGGCUGGCCGAAGAAAAGACCAUCCGCCACACAUCCGGAGCGUAUUUUCGGAUUUACGGUGUAUCCUGCAAAGCGAGUCGCCUUCGUAGACCAAGAGGCAGCAUAUCGCUCCUUCCUCCAUUUGCGCAUAUUUCUUUUUUAUUGUUACUCUUUUUUUUUUUUUUUUACUUGGGCCGCUCUUCCUUGACAAAAGAAUAACCGGAGAAAUGUGGGAUGUACGAUAUGCGCAACCGCUCGUCCCGGCCGCUCGUUCCGGAUGGAGGACACAACUUCCGUGCCUAAUCUCUUGGUCGCGUUGAUGAAAAGGGCAUGACAAUCUAAAGUUGCGUACGCGACGCAACGUACGCGCGCUCGCGUGAAUGUACUCGGCGGUCGUCGCGCAGGAAGAUUUGUACGGGUUGCGAAUUUCACUGCGUGUUAUUCAAGCGUGCAAUUACCGGUCGGCCAUCGUAUCGACGGAUGCGGAAUGCAAUGCGGGGAUGCAAUUACAAGAGAGUUCAAUCGUAUGCAUGUACUGUGUGCGUACUACGCGCGAUAUCGACGGAUGACGACGAUCGCGGGAAGAGGAGGAGCGGAAGAUUCUGCAAAUACUGCAAAUCGGCCGCGCGAACACCAGCCAGCGUUAGAAAUCGUCGGCAGAUUUACUGACAAAUAAAUAAGGUUGCGAGAGGGUGUGUAAGAUACGUUUCCUACUAAUUAGAUAAUCGCGCGUCGCGUGGGCCCCCCCUGGGAGAGAAAAAGGGGGGAGGAGGGGCCCCUUAAACGUCCGGCGUUCCAAUCGUGAGUCUUCGAUGUUACUAUUAACGCAGGAUUACGCAUGUAUAGCAUUUAACAAUUCUGUCACGUACGUGCAGGCUGUAUGGAUUUUGCGUGCAUGUGUGCGCACGUGUGCCAACGUGAUUUUUUUCGCACAAAGAAAAGUGCGAACGGCGUGAAAAAAAAAAAAGUUUUAUCCGACACGCAGAUCCUCCUAUCGCAGCCUAACUGUAGAGCAAUAAUUAAUUUCGCGUUUCGCCGAAACGCUCGUUCGUUCGAGCGAGAUAUCGCGCGAGAGUAAAUCGGCGCGAAACGAUCAAUCGCGGAUUGUGUCCUCGACCGCAUAUCGUUGAUAUGUGCACGGGGCGGGUGUGCGCAUACGCGCGCCAUCGAAUGCGCGAUGACUGAUCACUUUUGCGUCGCAGGGUCCAAAAUUGAACGCGAAUCUAGAUAAAACUGGAACGAAAAGCGCAUGCAGAUACAUUCCGUUGCUCAAAUUUAUUUCCCAUCCUAAACGGGUACUUCGACCGGCGUUCAAUCACACUUACGUUUGCUCGGGCUCACGACGGAUGUGUUCUGUAUCGAGCUGUGUAACUGUUAACGGGCGAACGGCACGGUAUAAUCGACGGCAUGAUUGAAAGCGACCUGUCAAUUCUUUCCAAAAAAAAAAAAAGGUACAGAAUAGAUUCGCAAUUUAAUUAGCACGAGAUCACUUCUAAGACAAAAUAUUUUUUUUUUUUCCGGAAAACCCGUGUCUGCCAGCAAGCAGAUGCGUUAGCACGCAGCGAUUACGCUUCUCACAAGACAAUCAUACGCGUAAAGGGAACGCCCGCGAGAUGGAGGAGAGAACAAACACCUGUGUUCGCUAUUGCGCGGGAAAACAUCCUUCCUCAUUUCGUUCCAUCAAGCCGGAGAUUUUCACGGCGGGCAUUCACUUCUGGGGGAUGUUCCGACGCGAGAAACAUUUUCGGAUUUUCCUCUUCCGUUAUUCCCAAAAUAGCCGUGCCACUUUUCUCUGUUUGUCUUACUAUUUUCACCAUUUGACGAGCAAAAAAAGAAUGGUCACGGUAAGCUCCGAAAAACACACAUACGCAUACACAUGCGCGCGCGCGUACACUAUAAAUCCUGUAUGCCCGGAACAGCGUGUAUGUAGCGGAAAUGUACGCACUUACGCACGUACGUGACGCGCAAUACACCACAACGAUAAAUCGAUAAAUACAGUCUGGUGUUGUGUAAGAGUGUGCCCGUGUGUCUGUUCUGUUGCCUGCUGCUGCGUGAAUGCGUGCGUACGUGUGCUCUCGCAUCUCGCUCUCCAUCACUCCCUUCUUUGUUCCUGUUUAACUUUCUAAGACCCCCCCGAGGGACCUUUCUCUUAAACGUUCUCAGCUAUUGUUAGCUUUAACUUCUUCAAUAAUGCGCUCAUGCUGCUUAAAAUCCUUAACUUUCGUUUAUUUUUAAUAAAAUUAUGUUAAUAUAACGCACGAUUUAUUACAAUACACACACACGCACAUAAAUUUAUUAUAUAAUUUUAUUAAAAAUGUGGAGCAUUUGAGAAUAUUGAAGUUCCUAAAAUUCUAGUCUAUUCUUUCUUUCUUUUUUUUAUUAUCUUUAUCGCAAAUUUUCAUUUUUAUUGUUUUCACUGCUGAGCCUGCAAUAAAACGGUGGAUGAAAUCGAUGGAAAGGGGGUAAUUUGCGAGGAUAGCGAGUAAUCACGGGUGGUUGGAUACGAGCGAAUCAAUAUGAGGUUCGUUGAUAAGACGAUGGCAUUCGUUCGACGGAUUAUUAGCAUAGCUGGAAUCGAUAAUGGCGCGCGCGCCCCACCUUUCUUCAAAAGAAAGGCGAUAAGAGAAGAAGAACGCGUGUUUCUCCACACUAUGGCAAUCGAUUGCACCAACGCCGCGGUCGUUGGACCCGCCGUGGUUAUAUUUACGUCGGGUUACCAUACGGCAAAUAUGUGAACGGGGCCUUGUGUGAAAGUCACGUGUGCUCGACGCGAAUAUUUAAACACAACCGCAACUCGUUGUUCCCAUUAUGCUGGUCGGCUCUUCUUCCGUCGGAAACGAAAGCACGCGUUUUUGAUCUCAACAUUAGUAGUGUUACAACUACAUCUGAAGGGGAAACGAGAUAAUUUUUUUCUAAUCGAUAUUUUGUUGAUUAAAAUGUAUGUAAUUUAUGAAAAUGUUUUUUCGUAGAUGAGCGUAAUAUAUGUAGUACGUUUUUCUGAUGAAAAACAUGUUUCUUUUUAAAUUUCAAUCUCAGUUUUUAUUGUAAGAACGGAAGCAAAUCAGAAAGAUUUUUUUAAUUAAUAUUUCGCACACGGAUUAUGUAAUAUAAAAUAGCUGUUUCAUAUUGAAGCCAGCGCAUUUAUCUCGUACAAGCAGUUGAUAACCAAAUAGUUAUUGUGAGAGUGCAUUUGCUUUAGAAUUUAUUACUUUUAUUUAAUACACUAUAUUUUAUUAAUCAUUUUAUUUUAAUACAUAUCUAUAAAAUUUACUCUUUAUUAUUGCAAUUCCAAAAUCACUAUUAUAUCAUGUAUUGUGUAUCGGUACUAUUUAUAAUCUUUCUUUUGACAAACCAAAAAUGUCUGAAGACAAAAUUUUCUAAUAAAAAAUGAUUGGCAUAAUGUCAAUGAAUAAUUAAAUAAAAACUAAGAAUAUAUCACUUCAAAUAUUCUAGUCUUCGCGAAUUAUAAAUUAACGACACGAUUAUCGAAUAUUAUCCUCUAUUUAUACCGCGGCUAAAUGGAGAAAAUGUCGAGAGCGAGAUACAAGUGGACACAUCGUUUCGAAUGAAAUAUCGACGAGUAAGACAGAUCGUAAGCGAUUUCCAAUGUGUGUGUGUGUGUGUGUGUGUGUGUGUAUGUGAGUGUGUGUGAAGCAUUAGCGAGUAAAAUGUAAAUGGCCGUGCAAAAGGAAAUACCGUGAAAUCACCAAGAUUGAAGUAAAUAUAAGUAGCGUGUAAGUAUUAUUAUGACCGUUUACCAAUUGUCAUCAAUUAAUACGUGUAACACCAGUCGCUUUAGGCGUGGUGAAGAUUUUUUGCAAACAAGUCUUUCGGAAAAUCUCUGUGUGUCAGUAUCCCAGUUAUCUACUUUACGUAAAAAAAAAAAACGAUGUUCUCUAAGCGGUAAUGUAAGGUACAGUGACGAUUUCGAGGUUAAGCUAUCGUAAUCUCCGCUCGCGGGCCGUAACGGUCGCAGCAAUCUGCGCGAAUUACUACGAUCAUUACGGCAUUACACUUAUAUACAAUUUGACUCCAAAACGGUUCGCGACACGCCACUCGCGAACUGCUAAUGUAACGCAAACGCACUUGAAACUGACAUACACCUGUACACACGUGUAUAUUAUUACUGUUAUUACCAUUACUAAUAUACUAACUAUUAAUUAGGUAUUACUAAUCAAAGUAGGGAUCCAACGAUUGACUUUAUCUGUUAUUUCCAAUUCACCGACGGCGGUGGUCCUUGCGUCGCGCGAAUUCAUCGCCGCAUCCGUCUUGUUGUCGCAGGAAAAUCCAAAGAAAGAUAGCGCAAAAAUCACUUUGGAUUUUCCGCCAACGGAAGAGGAGACGAAAAUUAACGCUAGUCCGAACGAAUUUGUCGGCUUCAAGCCGUCCGUUCCAGUUGCGAGCAGCCCGGUGGAGCGAGGAAGUUUAUUCGUCAUAGAAGAAUAGGAAGGACAAAAGAUAGGAGCGCGGAAACACGAAGGUGAACGGGUCGCGAUUAUUUUCCCCGGGAACACAAAUCCCACGGCUCAGACUUCAUUUGCCCAGCCUCCCACUGCGAAUUAAGCACUUCCGCCCAACUGAAACGCGCGACUUAGAACGUCGUUAUAAUGCGGGAGCAUUGCGAGCGCCGGAUUUAUUGCGGCCGCGAUAAAACGGCGUUUUUAUCUUACAAUCGGGGCCGCGCGUGCGGAAUUAUCGCUGAUGUGCGCGCGUAUGGUCGCCGCGAUUCCUCUCUAUUUGGCACGAAUUUCCGAAUUUUCGGAAGAAACGAACCGCAUCGACCUCAUGAAGGAAUUUUUAUAGUUACGCGAAUCGGGUACGACUGAGAGACGACGUUCCGGAUUAUUCAAGUGUGGAAGGAACUCGUUUUGCGCUGCAGUUACACGCACGACAAUCGAUUUGCUGCAACGAGAAGUGUUAUUCGGAAGAAGAAAGAACGUAUCAUUACUCGUGAGCUUGCUGGCCAAGCGAAAAUUGGUGUUAAAAUUAUUUUCCCAGUAGCUUGAAAUCGCAAUGGCGAUUCCUUUAUUAAAUUGAUUAUGAGAUCUAUAUCAGUUUGUCAUACAUUAUUCUUUCGGGAAAGAAUAGUGUCACGUUUAUUUGUUGGUUUUCACAUGUAGAAGAUUUAUUUCUGUCAUGUGAAAACCAUUCGAUCGCGUAACCAUCCAACAUCAUUAACCAUAUUUUCACGAUUGUAGCAGAAAAACUCGUGCCUGUACUGCUUCAUAAACUGUAGUUGCUGGUAAAUUGCGAGAAAUAUUGACGGGAUCAUCGGUGGAAAAAGUAAUAUCUUAUUGUCCAACAGAUUAAUUAACACGAGAUGAAUGGACACCGCGCGUCAAUUUCGCACAUCGGUUUAACAUAAAUCCGCUGUGCUGAGCUGCUUGCGCAUUACGAAUAAUUUUGGCUCGUAUUUCACCGUACCUUUUUAAAUGUUGCCCGUGCUCGUUACGAAGAGGUCGUUUGUGUCGACCGAGAUUUAUGUUCCCGUCAUCGCCUCGCCGGAUUUAUGCGCUCGUCGGACGACUCGGAUCCGAAACGAGCGAUGCGAUCGCCGUGCGGAUGCAUUACGAUGAAUUCUCGCAUCAGGGACACCGCACCGCCGGCGUACUUUUACUCUAUCGAUAAUAUUGGAGCAAUGAAAUCACUGUGAUAUCACUAAAACGCUUUCAAAAUGUGCGACGGGAUUGAGAACAACGCCACGUGAAACUGGCGUGGGCGAGAGAGAGAGAGCGAGCGAGCGAGCGAGCGAAAGAGAGAGAGAGAAAAAGAGUUAAAAAUAAGGGUGAAAGGAGAAAAUAAUAGGAGAGAGAGAGUGUAGAAAUUUACGCUAUAUCGACUACCGUAAAUUACUGUAAAGCGUAUAUUAUAUGUAUAUAUAUACACACACGCAUACAUACGAACGAUUGACUAUAUAGAGAUAUUAUGAAACUUGUAUUAUUAAUCGGAAGAAAAUCUAUAUAUAUUAUAUAUUACGAGAUUAUAUAUAUAUAUAUAUACAUAAUAUAUUGAGGACUAAACUACUAUUAUUGUCGAUAUUAUAUCAUUGAAACUAUUAUCAUCAUAUUACGAUUACUAUCAUCAUUGUUAGUAUUCACUAUUAUCGAUGCAAAAGUCCUAUUGUCUAAUAGCGUUGAUUGUCUGUUAUAGAGAAUGAGAGUAAUGUUGCAACACAGAUUAAAAGAAAAAAACUUACGAAUACAAUUAAUAGUGCUAUUUACGAGAGACGUUUUACUGUACAUAGAAACUAAACGCCGGGCGCGCCCAAAGCUGAUCCUUCGCGAUUAACACGCGAUAGAGCCGGGAGAAAUCACGGUGAGGAUCGGCUCUAGCCCGUGAGCGACUUCUGACACGUAGGGCUUAGAUAUUGUAAGUAUCGGUUUCCCAAUUGAAAGAUCGGAUAUUGACGACAGUCCAUUAAAUGGGAGUUCUAUAGAGACAAUAGCGAUCACGCGUUAUGAAAUUACGAGGCUAGGUUCGGCACAGAAAGCGAACUCCGAGUGUGGAGACAACUGAAACUUCGAGAGCACGUUUAGCGUUCCCGGCUUUUCUAGAUUAUCGAACAUUCCUGUCAGCUAUAGCGGCUGACAUAAACUAGUUAGAGCACCUCCUCUGUAACUUGGAACGUUCUAUUUUCUCCCUAAUUUCAUAACGUCAAUGUACAAUAUAUCUUUCACAUUCUAAUUUAAUGUAUUUUAUUUAUUAAAUAAUGAAUAUAUAUUAUAUAUAUAUAUAAAUAUACUGUAAAGAAAGCUAUCGUAGUGCUAAAAAGACUUUCGAGGAGAAACUAUUAUUUUUUUAAACUGUUUAGGGUCACAGGAAGAUAAUUAUGAAUAAUCGUUGCGAGACGACGCGCUUCUGCGUUCACUGUCCAAAGUGUCCAAAGCAACAAAAUCAAAAUUCUGGGAUGACACGGCACGCUACGUCGCGCGGGAAAAAACGUGGAUUCGCAAUCUCGGAUUUAAUUACAGUUUGAAUGAAAAAGUCGGGUUUAUUUUACAGACAAUUCGUUAAGCUCGCGCGUCACGAUACGUAUUUUCUUGCCAGUGUCCGUGUCCGUUGUCCUCGCAGAUUGCGGUGCAUGUUAUCCGGUAUGGCGCAUAACAAGGGUCGCCGUAGAUUUGGCGUCGCGGGAGACCGGGCACGUGUGGUGUGAUUGAUGUAACGCGAUUAUGUAAAUGCCAACGAAAAGAAGAGGUUGCGCGCGAUUGCUACGACCGGAUCACACUAGUUACACGUGGCAAAACAUGCUCGGAAAAUAGCGCGGGACGUAUCGCCGAGCGACGCGAAUCGUAACAAGCAGCAUGUAUGAUAAACCCGCACUGCAACAAAAUACGCUAUCCAAAGGAAGCACGCUGAGGCCGCGCGGGCUCUGACGAAUAUAUUCAAAACGUCACAAAGUAGUUAACCCCAUUAAUGAUUUAUGGCCGUUUUCAUACGCUUGCGAAUUUCGCUCCGCGUGACGUAGCGCGUUUGCCGCCAUCCGAGUUGCAAACACGACCCGAGCUCGGAAAACUGAACACGCUUUCGAGGUAUUCGAAACGCUGUGCGUACACGCCGAAGUCGCAUUUUGCGUCAACGUAGCUUAAAACGUCACCCUUGCACAGUAAGGUGACGAUCGCGGUGUGAGCGUCUGACAAGCAUCGACUCACGAGCAUUAUAUUAUCGCCGAUUGCAGCAUGCAUUUUUCAGCAAUAUGUUUCUUUAAGUCAAUCUCGACGUUACAACGAUUCCACCGCGCGGCAGCAGUUGCACCGGUAAUAUAUACCGGUUAUUAGAAAACUUUUUGCAAUAGAGCGUGUUUCUGAUGUGACAAACACUAACAUACCGUGAAAGUUAAUGUAUAAGUCUUAAAAAAAAAAGUAUCACUAUGAUAACUUUAUAGUUGCUUUGCACCGACUACUUUAGCGUUUCUUAUAUUUCAAGUAUGGUGAUUCAAAAUCUCUCUAGCAUUUUCUUUUAAACAAUUUCGUGUAAUCGAUUUGUACAAUCCACAUAUUCCUAGGCUUACUUUCUCACUCUACCGUAAUAACAUUCGUUAUGCCUUUGUGUGUUUGAUCCACGAUAGUUCCAUUUCAAUCAACCCUUUGAAGUUUCUGUUUGAGCAGUGAUAGGUCCGUUCAAAUAAGGACUCUAAACAAGGUAUUUCAGAGUAAAAUUGAACGCUAUGAGUAAAGUGGCCAACCCGAUUUAAUGUUGUAAAAAACUUUCAAAAACUGAAAUAUUAAUAUUAAUAAAUAAAACAUUUAAAACAAAGGUGGAUUAAUUAUAAUUUAAAAGUUUUACUUUAACAUAAUAUUGCGAACAAUACGCGUCUUUAAAAAUUAUAGAAUUAUUGCAUCCUUAUUCUGAAUCGUUUAGAUAUAAGUAGAAAAUGUUGAGUUUUUUUUUCACAAAUUUGAAUAAUCGAUAUUUAUUAAUGUAAGAAAUUAAUGCAAAUUGAACUUUAUUUUUUUUUUAGCAAUAUAAGAAAAAUCCUACUUUCAGAAUAUUGGUCACUUUACUUAUGAGUCGAUGUCGCCGAUGUCGCCGACUCGCCGUGUUCCGCGCGGGACCUUUCAAUUCUCGAUCCACGAUCGCGCAAACACGAUCCAGGAUCCGGCGUAUAUCCGUGCAUCUGGAUUCGUCGUCGCUAUAACGCCGAUAAACACCACUAAGUACCUAUAAAAUUAAAUACCCUGACGACAAAAGAAUAAUGCUUGAACAAUCACGAGGAAGAAGCUGUAGUCGCGAUACGAAACGACGUCUGUCCACGAGCAUCCUCUCGUUAAACUUUUUGACCUUUUCCACAAGAACGCGACCCUUUAACUCGCACAGAACGACACACCGCUCGCCGAAUUUGUUGCGUAUCAUCGCCAUUUAAACCGUUACGUCUCUCUUACACGUUCUAUCUCGUCUCGGUGAAACAAGGUGCAAGACUAUUUCAGGAAACUUUGUGUCUUUACUUGAUACUACGAAAUUUCUUCGAGCAUGUGCCCUGGAAACUACGUCGCCCGCGUUGUAAGCUUCGUGUAAACGCCGCCAUCCAUAAAUAAUGACGAUUGAACUCACGCUUUUCUCGACAUUUCCAUUUCGUUGAAUUUCCGCUACAUUGCUUGCAUUACAUUUCUACAAAUGAUAUGGUAUCAUUGUUAAAUGUUCCGAUUUAAAAUUGCAAAUUUUUAGCAAAAACAAAAAGUGUUCGCCACAUUUAAAUAUGCGACAAAAAAUAUCGAUAAUUUUCUGGAGCAAAAAGUAUUUCUGGAGUGUUUGAAAUUAAAUAAUUGCAAAUUUUUUCAAUUUUGCAUUAUACAAGCUUACAAUUUUUAAAUUUACAGUUUAAAGACGAUAUAUUCAAAGCGAUAUCACAAGCCACGCGCGAUUUUACGAAAUCAAUUAUUUUAAAUAGCUUGUAAAAAUGUUGAAAAUAAUUUUUAUUUGCAACAUAGCCAUCAUUCACGCGAAUUCCAAAUAUCGAUAUGUACAUUUUUCCGCAACAUCUUACAACAUAUUCGACACAAGCAUGUUGGCUUCUCUGAUGGCAGUAAAUAUAAAAUUGUUUUGCCUCACGUUUUGCAUCACGCCGCGAGACCUAGUUUACAACGCCAAAAUCACGUAAAAGGAUCAAAUGAAAUUUGAAGCCUCUGGCACAACGGAAUAAUGGCAUUCAGUUUAACGGAAUUUACGCAAUAAAAGCUGUAAAAAGUUCUCUUGCUUCGUGCCUUGCACAUAUACGCACACAACAGCCACUCUUUGUUUCAUUACGGUAAUCAAUGUAUUGUCAUGUAUAAGGACAAUGGUCAAAACGCAGCGGCGUACUGAGUUUUCACAGCGUUAUGUUAUACCUUCGUUCAUUACGGACUUUAUAAAGAAACGAAAGGAUAUCUAGGUAAAAAAAUAUCGUUAACUUUAGUAAUAUGGAACAGAAGCGAUUAAAAAAAACGAAAAUAUCCGGAAAUCUUGUUACGCGUGCAAUACUCAGUCGAUUUCAGGGGUAUGUUUAUUCCGCAUUUUUCUCUCGAUUUUAUUUCCCCGUGUAAAAUUAAAUUAAAAAGUCUACGUAGGUUUAAAAAAAAAAAAAACAAGGAUUACGGUCUAUGCCAUUCCGAGUUGUCAGCGAGAUGAUUCUGCCCGUUAUUCGACGCGCGUGCAUCCAGGAUCCGUGCGCUGAAAAAAAGGAAAAAAAAAAGUUCUGCUCUGUCUUCGUUUGUAGCUCAUUUACAUCGUUCGCGAGACGAAUAAAGUACGUACGUACGUAGCAACGUCGAAGAAUACGCACGACUGCUCUCCGUACCUACACACACACACACAAUACGCGCGCGCGCACACACGCGUAUAUCAUAGAUGUUCUUACUUUUUAUCCCACGCGAGCAACUCGAAUCUUUUCAGUCUCGUCGGACAAAAAUUACGAACGCUGGACGAAACGAACAACAAUAAUAAAGCAAUGCAUUUUAUUCACGAACAUCGCGCGGCCAAUUAAUAACGACAACAGUGGUCGUAAAUAAUUUCUAGAGUGGACAUACAUAUAUAUAUAAUAUAUAUAAAUAUACACACUUCACCAAGAGUAAAAUACGUUUAAGAGCACCGUUGACGUUCCGCUCCGUUUUUCUCGUAUGCAAUUGGGUCAUUUUUACGCGCGUAUGCCGUGCACAUAAAUCACUGGAAUAAAGAAACGGACACGUAACGCAUAUACGCAAACAAAUACACACGUAUAUACAACUGCACACACACACACAUGCACAUGCACAGUGCGCGCGAGACAAAGAUGCACACGCACUUCACAGCGUACGAAGUAUUGUAUAAUGUACUAACGCUCCAUUUCUGAGUAAAAAAACCGUUCCUCUCAAUGCGGGCGCGGAAUUCAUUUUACAUCAAGUUUAAUCUAUAAAAGUCUUCCAUUCCUUCCUCGGCGUGUAUUCGUCUAUGUCUAUAUAUUCGGCCGACUAUAGUUACGGACACACAGGAACGUACCGUGAAGCGUAAUUAGUAAACAGAGAGAAAAAGGGGAAACAGACGAGGAACCGUUUGCCGUUCUCGCCGCAUUUUCGCCUAACGAACGACGAUGGAACAGCAAUUUUUAUCGCGGUCAUAGAACGGUCGAUUCAUCGAUAUCGCGGGACCGGGUUACCGUUUAUUGAAAAGUUCCAAUAUUGUUGAUUAAAUAUGUCCUUCAUUUUAAAGCAAUUUGACGAGAGCAAACAAAUACCGCUUAUAUUUCUUAAAAUUGCUCGUUCUUACAAAGGCAAGCGUGCAUGCAAUAUUUCCGCGAAAUGUCAUUCGCGACGUGAUGCGUUUUAUGCAUCGCAAUUUAAAAAGAAAUGUGUUUACAACUGUUUAAUGCAGAUGACAAUGGGAAAUGGAGAAUACACAAAAUUGUGCGGGGAAAAUGGUCUCUCUCUCCGCCACAAAGAAAGAUGAUGAAUCAAGAAGAAGCGCGGAACGCACAACUUAAAUCACGUUGAGAAUAAAAUGGAAUUUUCAUUCGUUUUGCGUGUUUCCCUUUAAGCGUUGUUUAUUAUCGCCGGUACGGACUUAUUUAUCGGAAACGAAGGAAAUUCUGUCUUACACAACGAAUUUAGUUGUGCCCGGAAGCGAUCGGAGGACCAAUUUGCGCCGUCAAGAAAUUUGCGCGAAAUCCUCGCGAUGGUAACGCGUUAAAGCUUUUAUCCACUUCGACGAUAAACCGUUUCCGCGAAACUUUCCAACAGUCUUCUCUCGCUUUCAUUUAUAAUGGAAGGCUUGUCUUCUUCCGCAGUGCAAGUCUGGUCUCUGAAGAGUAGCCUUUUACGAGAUACGAGUUCGCGGUAACUUUGCGCGAACACCGCCCGCAAAAUUUUACGCACACACACGAUCGACAUUAUGCAACCGAGAAUUACCGUAAUGCCAAAAUAAUAUACAAAAAACUUGGAUCAUAUGCAAAAUGCUCUUUUCGCUUCGUACGCCGGUUGAACGAAGAGUUGAACGUAGAAAAAAUUUCUCUCUGAGUGUUGCAUAAAUUUUUUAUACGGCCCGCUCGUAAAAGCUAUCGUAGUUAAAACUUAAUGGUAAUCGCGUGACAAAAGUCGUAAAAAGUGUCAGCGUUUAUCAGUAACUAUCUCUUUAUCAUUAUUUACGAGUUACAUAAAAAAAUAAUCUACGACGAUUUUGCGGGCAAUGCGACGAGAACGUCGAACGAGCAUUAGUCCGAAACUUUGAAAAUGGAAUAAAACGUUUGAAUCGCCGAAAGACUGAUUUGCGUGGGUUUCCCGAUCCGUUUACUCUUCUCGCGACAAAAAGAGGACUGUAUUUGCGGUAUCCAAAGAUAAUUCCGAAUCUUUCUCGCGCGCUAUACGUAAAUAACGUUGUCGAAGCGCGAAUGGCGUCCGACAAGUAAAAAGCACUGUGAAGAAACGUAAUCACGAAAGGAAAUCGUGACAGAAACGCGAAACGCGGGCGAAAAAGAAAAAUUGCAGAGAAUGAAGGCAAAACACGAAUGAUGAGAAAAGAAAGAGAAAGAGAACGAGCGAGCGAGAAAGAGAAAGAUGUGCAUUGUACGUUACAAAUACCAGUAGCGCACGUUGGUCCGCGAUAGCGAUAAUAAUUUUUGUAUCUGAUAAAUCGAACGUGUUAAGGUAUAUUCUAUAACUACUCGCGUAUAAGUUCGUUACUUAUUAAUGAGAAAGAAAAAAAAAAAACGUACACAAAAAUGGUGGAACAAAUCGACCAACGAGAAGAGGCGGAAUCGUUGUAAUACUUGCGUAAUAAUGUUAUAAGGCGUUAAAAAAAAAAAAUCCGAUGGAGACGCGGCGCAGAAUGAUCGAUGCAUUAAAUGAAACAAAUUAUUUUUUUCCUAUAAUACACACAGAUAGUACUUCUCUCCGAGCGAGUAUUGAGAUAUCCAUACUCUUCCUCGUUGACGCUUAAAGUGAAGGACGGAGAAGGGUGGAUAGAAAAUAAAGGAAGAGAGAUGGAAAGAUUGUGUGUGUGUGCGUGCGUGCGUGCGUGCGUGCGUGCGUGUGUGAAGGCGAGCAUGGUGAGAGAGUGAUGAUGCACGAGAGGGAGAGAGAAAGGGAGAGAACGCGGUAAUCAAAGUAUUUCAGCGAUGAGGAAAUGCGCGAGAUGCGAGAAUGGCCGAAUAGCUUUACUGAUCUACGUUCGCCGUACCUUGUGCUCAAACUGCAUGUUCUCAACAAUGCGCCAUGGACGGGCGAUCGAUCGAUCUCCGCGCGCGGUAAUCGAGCAUGCGAGAUGGAUCGAACGCUCGUCGCGAGCGGGUAUGCUACGAAGGUCAAGAAUACAAGAGUAAACUACGAUGUAUACUGACAUUAAAAAAUCUAUCAGUACGCUACGACUUGGUUUUAUAAAAGAAAGA